AUGGGACGUGUGACAAAGUACGAUGUUUUUUUGUUAUCAUUUAUAUUUGCAAGUUUUGCAUCGACAAUGACAUCAUUAUGUAGUAGAUUUUGGUAUGUUUCGGACGCCACAAAGAAUAUCGUUACACGCUCUAAACAUAGAGGAUUAUGGGAAAUCUGUUUUCAUAUCAGGACGAUUUUUUCAACAAUUGAUUGCGAAUUGAUACUCCCAACUGGUAAAAAUAUUGCAGCAAGAAUUCUUAUUCUUCUUACGUGCUUAAUUUUGGUCAUUAGCGUCAUAUUAACCAUUAUUAAAGUACGCAAAAACACCUUAAAGAUAACAACCGCCAUUGUUAUAAUGCUUGCUGUGGCUGCUUUAUUAAUGUUGAUAGCGAUGGUAACUGCUACUUUUAUGCCACCCGAAACUAGUUCAUAUGGCUGGGGCUACAUCCUUGGUUGGGUAGGUUUCGCUGUAACAUUAUCAACUGCAUUAAUUGGAAAGAUUUUCCAGCCCAGAGACGUCAGUUCCAACGAUAUAAACUGCAACUUGUAA